AUGGAGGAAAACAGAGCGUUGAUUUUAUACGGGUGUACGUUGGCAAAAAACUUAGAAGAAAACCUACCAAAUUUGGCUAACCAACCUGAUUUUAUUCUUAGAUCAUGUGAUGAGAUCAUUAGAGUGUUUAGUAGUGUAAAAGAGAGAUUAUCCCGUGAAGUUGUUCAUCGGCAAUUUGAUUUAGGAAUUCAGGAAUGGUUAAGAAGUGGUGCAGGAACAAGUACUGAUAAUCAGGCAAUGGAUUUGCUCAAGGCUCAAGCUAUUUUAGGCCACAGCAGCCCAUACCAUGACGCCCACGGUUUGGAAUUCAUAGGUCAUGAAAUGGGUGGUGAAAGGGUUAUGGAAGGUGACGCAGAGGGGUUGAGGGGCAGUCGGGGACUGGAGAUUAAGCCAAUGGAUGCAUGGAAUCCCAGCCCGGGAACUCCAUCUUCUCAACGACAGAGAAGAAGAAAGGAUGAAGCUGACAAAAUAGUGAGAAGGGUACCUGCUCCUCAGAUGGGAAAUCUCGAUCUUCCACCGGAAGACGGUUUUACUUGGAGAAAAUAUGGUCAGAAAGAGAUUCUGGGAUGUAAACAUCCAAGGAGCUACUACAGAUGCACCCAUCAAAAACUUUACCAAUGCCCGGCCAAGAAGCAAGUCCAGCGGCUUGACGAUGAUUUCUACACAUUCGAGCCAACGCCGGAAGUGGAGGCUGCACCCACCAUUUUCGAUACUCUAGCGUUUCCAUUCCCUGGUGGUGCCGGGCCUAGUAGUAGUAGCGGUGUCGCGGCUGGUGGUAGUGGCAGUGUGGGUCCAUCCGGCCCGCGGUUUCCGGUCUACCAGCCGGUGUCUGAUUUGGCUGAUGCAAUGUUUAAUUCUGGUAGUAGCAGCAACAAUAGCAUGGACCUCAUCUUCCCAUCCAUUGAUGAGAAUUGGGAUACUGCAGGAGAAAAGAAAAACUAA